AUGCACGGUGGUGAUUUAGAAGGUUCAGAAAUUCAAAAGCUCAUUGUCGAAAAACGUCUCGGCUCCUCUGUCAAGCCAGGGUUUGGUGCCAUCAUCCACAACAAAAGAUCCUUUGGUGUCUGUUUGUUUACCGCCUUGGGUGGUCUCUUGUACGGGUACAACCAAGGUAUGUUUGGUCAGAUCUCCGGUAUGAACUCGUUCAGUAAGGUCGCCGGUGUCGGUAGAAUCCAAGAUAAUCCUACUUUGCAAGGUUUGUUGACGUCCAUCUUGGAAUUGGGUGCCUGGGUCGGGGUCUUGGCCAACGGGUACAUCGCCGAUAAGGUCGGUAGAAGAGGUGCUAUUGUUUCUGGUUGUAUUUUGUUUAUUGUGGGUGUCAUUGUUCAAGCCACCGUCCAUGGCGGCAACUAUAACUUUAUCUUGGGUGGUAGAUUCGUCAUUGGUCUUGGUGUUGGGCAAAUGAGUGCCACUGUCCCAUUGUACAACGCCGAAGUCUCGUCCACAGAAAUCAGAGGUGCUGCGCUGGCCGUCUUCCAAUUGAGUAUCACCUUGGGUAUCAUGAUCUCCUACUGGAUCACGUACGGUACAAACUUCAUUGGCGGAACAGGUGAAAAUCAAAGUCAAGCCGCGUGGUUGGUCCCAAUGUGUAUCCAAGCGCUACCAGCCGUCAUUUUCGCCGGUUUCAUCUACAUGUUCCCCGAAUCUCCUAGAUACUUGAUCAAUAUUGGUGAAGAACAAAAGGCAUUGGAAAACCUCGCAUGGUUGCGUGAGACACACAAGGACGACGAGAUCUUGCAGUUAGAGUUCUUGGAAAUGAAAGCACAAAAAAUCUUCGAAGAAACUUUGCAAAAACAAGCCUACCCAGACUUGCAAGACGGCUCAUUCAAGUCCCAGUUCAAGGUCAAUUUCUACCAAUACAAGUCCAUGAUCACCCAUAAACCUACAUUCAAGAGGGUCUCCAUUGCCUGUUUGACCAUGGUGUUCCAACAGUGGACCGGUGUCAACUUCAUCUUGUACUAUGCCCCAUUCAUCUUUGCCUCCUUGGGGUUGUCUGGUAACACCACUUCCUUGCUUGCCUCGGGUGUCGUUGGUAUUGUCAUGUUCUUGGCCACCAUUCCAGCCGUGUUGUGGGUUGAUAAGCUCGGAAGAAAGCCGCUCUUGGUCUCCGGUGCCAUCAUCAUGGGUUGCUGUCAUUUCAUCGUUGCCGGUAUCUUGGGCUCGUUCGAAGGCAACUGGACUGAACACGCUGCUGCUGGUUGGGUUGCUGUUGUGUUCAUCUGGAUCUUUUCUGCUGCCUUUGGUUACUCCUGGGGUCCAUGUGCCUGGGUCAUUGUCUCUGAAGUCUUCCCUCUUGGUUUGAGAGCAAAGGGUGUUUCCAUUGGUGCUUCUGCAAACUGGCUCUGUAACUUCUCCGUUGCCAUGGCCACUCCAGAUUUCGUUGCUAGAACAAAGUACGGUGCCUACAUCUUCCUUGGUGCCAUGUGUAUCUUGGGUCUGUUGUAUAUCUUCUUUAUGGUUCCGGAAACCAAAAACAAGACCUUGGAUGAAUUGGACGAAGUGUUUGGUGAUUUCGAAGGUACUUCCAGAAAAGAAGCUGAGCUUCAUGAACAAAUUCUUAAAGAUAUUGGAUUGCUUGAUUUGCUUAAUGGGGAAUUGCCAUCUAGUGAUCCUAAACCAGAAGUUGAAAUGAAGGAAAAUGACCUUGCCAGUUCCGAAGUCAACAGUAAAUAG